AAAUUCCCCUGUAUAUAUGUUUGGUAUCGUUAUUUUUUGUCGUAAUAAAUCAAUAAAUAAAUUAAUUAUAUUUUUCAAAGUUGAAAUUUUAUUGUUAUAAUUUAGAAUACGUUUAUAAUGGCUUUGGAAUUAAUAAAAAGUGGAUACGACGAUGACAGUGGCGCAGAAUCCGAUCCAAACGACGAGGUGAACUUUCACUUCAAAGCACCCGCUGAUACCGAAGGCAAAAAGCCUAAGAGACUCGUCUGCUCGGCCCCACCUGUUGCUUCAUCGAAUUUGUCAGACAUCAAACCAAUCAACCCAGAAACAAAAGUUCUCUUUUAUAAUCCAAAAUAUGAAGAAUUGUAUGCACCAGAGGUUGGUCCAGAGAACCCAUUCAAAACUAAUCAAAUGAAAGCUCACAGGAACAUGCUGACCGGUUUUGUUGAAGAAUGCCAUGUGAAUGAUUUCCAAUUUGAAAAUCAACGACGCACAUUUACAAGUUAUGGUUACGCUAUCAAUCCGUCAGUAACCGAUGAGGAUGCAGCGUCAGGUUCACACAUUGGAGACAUCGAGAAGGGAGAGAAAAGUAACUUCAAAACCGUCUACGAAACGACGAAGAAGCGAGAAGGUGAUAAACGAAAGAGGUUAAGAAAUGAUGACCCGAGUGAUGUUGAUGGGUAUCUGGGGCCAUGGGGCAAGUACGUUGAUGAAGUUACUGUGGCCAAACCAACUGAAGAAGAAAAAAAAGAAUUGGAUGAAUAUUUAAGCAAGCAGAACAAACGAUCGAAGAAGAUUGAAUUGAAACCAACAGAAGAGAAAUCAAUAUUGCACUUGAAAGAGGCAUGUGAUUACCAAGGCCGAACAUUCAUGUGCGAGCCACACGAUGUCGGAGUCAACCUCAAAAGUAGGGAACCACCUCAGAAGUGCUUUCUACCAAAGAAAUUACUCUACACGUGGACUGGCCAUAAUAAAGGUGUGGCAGCUGUCAGGUGGUUUCCUCACACAGCCCAUCUCAUGCUCACCUGUAGUAUGGAUGCCAAAGUCAAGUUAUGGGAGGUGUACAACAAUAGAAGAUGUGUGCGAACGUACAUUGGACACAAGGAAGCCGUUCGAGAUAUCUGCUUCGAUAAUCAUGGGACCAAAUUCCUCAGCUGUGGUUAUGAUCGGUUCUCGAAACUGUGGGACACGGAGACGGGGCAGUGCAUCAGUCGAUUCACUAAUGGAAAAGUACCUUACUGUAUAAAAUUUCAUCCUGAGGAGAACAUGCAGAACUAUUUUGUUGCAGGCACUAAGGACAAGAAGAUCGUCUGCUGGGAUGUGAGGUCUGGAGAGAUAACUCAGGAGUAUGACAGGCAUUUGGGUGCUGUCAACACCAUCACUUUCGUCGACCAGAAUAGAAGAUUUGUAUCUACCUCUGAUGAUAAAAGUCUCCGAGUUUGGGAAUGGAAUAUUCCGGUAGACUUCAAAUACAUAGCUGAUCCGUCCAUGCAUUCCAUGCCAGCUGUCACUCCAUCACCCAAUGGAAAAUGGUUGGCAUGUCAGUCGAUGGACAAUCAGAUCGUCAUAUUCAAUGCCAUCAACCGAUUCAAAUUCAUGAGGAAGAAAGUUUUCAAGGGUCACAUGGUCGCUGGUUACUCGUGUGGAGUCGACUUCUCUCCAGAGAUGAGUUACUUAAUAUCUGGAGACGGGGACGGAAAGUUGUACAUUUGGGAUUGGAAGACAACAAAGUUGUACACAAAGUUUCAAGCGCAUGAUGGCGUCUGUUCCAGCUGUCUUUGGCAUCCACACGAAACUUCCAAAGUCGUCACAACGGGUUGGGAUGGACUGAUCAAAUUAUGGGACUAAUAUUGCCAAUAUUAAUAUUUUUUUGUUUUUACUAUUAUUAUUGCUUCCAUAUUAUUAUUUUUAAUAUUGACAGAUGGAAGGUAUAUUUUACCAGUAAAAUUAGGUCUAAAAUUUUCCUUGAAUAUUUAUGAAUGCUUAAGUAAUGCCGACAAUUCAAUUUUUAUCUGUACGGUAUACGAAAUUCUCAUACAAAAAAA